AUGCCCAUUUCCCAAGCCAGUCCCCGAGCUAAGGGUAUAGGCAGCGCAUUUCUUUCUGAAGUCGACGACAGCGAAGACGACAGCGAAGACGACAGCGAAGACGACAGCGAAGACGACAGCGAAGACGACAGCGAAGACGACAGCAAAGACGACAGCAAAGACGACAUGUUAAGUGACUCCUUCUUACUUCACGACUAA